UUGGAACACUGGAAUGAAGAUAACAACAGGAGCAGCCAAAGGGUUGGAGUAUCUCCACGACAAGCAGCCCCUCCGGUGAAUUACCGUGACUUCAAGUCGUCGAACAUCCUUCUACAUGAAGGAUUCCAUCCUAAGCUAUCCGAUUUCGGGGUAGCAAAGUUGGGCCCCAUUGGUGACAAGUCACACGUCUCCACCCGAGUGAUGGGCACGUACGGUUACUGUGCUCCUGAGUAUGCCAUGACUGGUCAACUGACUAUCAAAUCCGAUGUGUACAGCUUUGAAGUAGUCUUCCUUGAGCUUAUCACUAAGUUCUCAAAGCUGGUUGAUCCGAGGCUACAAGGGCGAUACCCGGUGAGGGGGCUCUACCAAGCUCUAGCCGUGGCAUUGAUGUGCAUUCAAGAACAGGCCGCAACUCGACCUUUAAUUGGUGAUGUGGUCACGAUAUUGUCCUACCUGGCUAACUCAACGUACGAACCAAAUGCAAAUGGUAGUGGUGUUAGUCAGAAGGGUUCGCGAGACGAGCGAGGUGGGUUUCUCUCGAGGGUCGAGGAUGGAGGUGGUGGAUCUGGAAGCAGGUGGGACCUCGAUGGGUUUGAUAAGGAUGAUUCGCCUAGAGACCCUACUAUCGAGGUGGCAAAAACCCGGGAUUUGGAGAGAGAAAGGUCUGUGGCUGAAGCAAAGAUGUAG